AGGCAACUUUUACCACUCAAGUUUCUUACCUAGACUCAUGUUGACAAGACCUUGCUCAUGGUCAGUUUAGAACAAGAAGACAUUUGAUGAAGCUCAGAAAACAGAAGGGAUCAGUUUUGUGAGAACAUUUAGCAGACUGUCUACUCCUACUGGGAAUGUUGAGGCCAUGUAUGAGCAGUUAUGAGGACACAGAUACUUAAUUUGGGUUUGAAGACUGUUGCAAGCUUGGUCCUUCUGAAGGUUUCAUGUGCUGGUGUCUGACCUCUCUACUGCAAUGGUUACUCAUCUAGAGAGCAGUACUACCACAUUCAUUUAGAGAAGAAUAAUUAAGCUCUCAGAACAUUUCACUGGUAAUUGGUUCACAAUUUGCGUGUGUCCAUAGAACUUGACCAGGCAUUUUCAAGUAAUAGAUUUUUUCCUCUGAAAGGAAUUUCUUUAAUCUUUUCUUCUUGGGAAUUCUGGAAGGAGAGAUGUAGUAGCUUUUGAAAUAUGUUUAGAGGGCUACUGAGGGUCUUUUGUGAGCUUCCUGUUGACAUGUGCCAUCAUUGGAACAUAAGUCCUUGGUAUUGGUGAUGUUGGGUGCUCAUCGAUCCCAUGGGCUUUUCAGCAAAGGGAUACUUAGGUUUUAGAGCUUUACACAUGCUUGGGCUCAGUCAUUUAUUCUUACAUCAAUUCUUACAUCAGUCUUCAUUGAUUCUUACAUCAUAGAAGCCUUCUCUUGGUGCCCAUGAGAUGGAGUGUCCCCUGAGCCUCCACCUCAUGAAUGUAAUAAGCAUCACAGUUAAUUCAUUCUUUCAAAACUGCUCAAUAAUUGAGGCCUUGGUGAAACUGGCGUUUGCAUUUAUUUCAAGGCUACUCUCACAUCAUUUUGAUUUUGAGUUUGAAGACCAAUAAGGUCAUAAACCCAACCAGGCCUUAAGAGGAAAAGGAUGAAAGAGACGAGAAUGUCUCAUUUCCAUCCCUGACCCUGUUUAUACCCAUCUCUAUUGAGUUUUGGAUGAGAGAGAAUGGAAAAGAAGGGCAGGAAGUUGGGGGAAUACUUUGAGUCACUCUUGGAAAUUGAAUCCAGAAUGAAAGUCACCCAAAGUGUGACCACUUCUACUUUAAUACCCCUGAUUGAUAGUGGUCUGGAAUAUUUAAUAUUUUAGGUUGUCUUGGCCCCCUCAUGCAGAAAGGGAGAAUGCAUUCAUCGAGGCAAAGGAUGACAUAUUUUCACUUCAGAAAAACUAAAAAGAAUGAAGCCUUCACUUGGGCCAAAAGUUAACUUCUCUGUGAUUUACCUUAUGAAAAAUGUCAGGUGAAGUGAAAAUUCUUAUUUGGAACGGGAAAACAAAAGUGCUUCAGGUGCGGAGCUGUUAAGAUUAUUUGGUAAAGGCACUUCCUCUCCCACGACAGCAGCAUGGCCGGCGCCCUCGCCAUCCGCACGGAGGUCAUGGAGCACCCCGAGGUGUUUACAGUCGAAGAAAUGAUGCCUCAUAUCCAACACCUGAAAGGAGCACAUAGUAAGGACUUAUUUCUAAAAGAAAAGAAAAAAGGCUACUGGCUGGUGACAGUUCUUCAUGACAGACAAGUUAAUUUAAAUGAUCUAGCCAAGCAGUUAGGUGUUGGGAGUGGAAAUCUGCGGUUUGCUGAUGAAAUAGCCAUGCUAGAAAAACUAAAAGUUGGCCAAGGCUGUGCCACGCCCUUGGCACUAUUCUGUGACGAUGGAGAUGUGAAAUUUGUUCUGGAUUCUGCUUUUGUGGAAGGUGGACAUGAAAAGGUGUACUUUCAUCCAAUGACCAAUGCAGCAACCGUGGGAUUGAGCCCUGGAGACUUUCUUACAUUUGUGAAGAAGACAGGACAUGAUCCCAUUAUACUAAAUUUUGAUAAAAGCAAGUAAUUGAGCUAAUAUUUAGAGUACAUUUAUAUC